AUGCAAGCGAACCGAGCUCCAACCAAGAGCAAACGCAAGACACAAGUGACAGCCACGGCACAAUCGUCAGGUCCUCCAUGUCUCUCACGGUCUAGUUCGUUCGUUCUCGCCAACGCGAUGGCGACGCCGGCCCGCCGGCCGUCGGCGCAGCAGCAGCCGCAGCCGCAGCCGCUGACGGUGGACUUCGAGGCGCUGAGCUACAUCAGCAGGCUCGUGGAGGCGUUCCAGGCGUUCGACUCCGACAACGACGGCCUCGUCACGGCCCCCGAGCUCCGGGGCCUGCUGGCCUCCCUGGGCCUGGACAAGUCGGAGGCCGAGGCGCGGGACAUGCUGGCGCGCGCCGACGCCGACCGUGACGGCCGGCUCUGCGUGGAGGAGUUCCUGGACGUGAUGAACGCCGGCGAGCUCGGGCUGGGCGCGCUCGGCGCGCUGCUGCAGGCCGCCGUCCCGGCGCUGGAGUCCUUCGCGGGGCCCGACGGCGCGCUGGGCGCCGACGAGCUCGCCAGGGUGCUGGGGCUCAUGGGCACCGCCAGCGCCGAGGACUGCGCGGAGAUCAUCGCGUGCAUGGACGGGGACGGCGACGGCGCCAUCAGCGUCGAGGAGUUCAAGCUCAUGGCUGACCUGCUCUAG